GUUCCAGCCCAUAUGGAUUUAUGAAAGUGUUUGGUGUGUUCUGUGAUAUUUUAGGAAUGGGUGAGAUGCUGCUCCAGUUUUUGGGUUGAUGGGAACUCUCUCUACUACGUGGCUACAAGCUUUCACAAAACUUAUCAAACUCUUCUAUCUCCUUCUGUCUGUUAAGAGAAAGACUAGUGGCAAGAACACAUGAGCUACGUUUCUUAAAGAAGCCAAGCUAAAAACUCUCUGUGCUUUAACAGUGGAUGUUUGUGUUAUACCAUGAAUUCAUCUUUUUAAAGGUCGUGCUAUUGCCUUAGACUCAGGCAAUCUUGUGUGAGUGAGCUUUCUUGGUUAAUAUUUAUUCUUAAACAGAGAAAAAAACCUGUUAAAAAGUUCAGUGUGUUACUUUUGAAUUUCCUCUCAAUCUUUUUAUUACAUGGUGGACCUAGUCUUCUCUGAUGCAUUAUUGCUUAUUUUUCCUAUCUUACUGCUAUCUCGUUCUUCAAAUACAUUUGUUAUGCUUAUUUAUGUUGUUUAUACGUUGUUUUAUUACUUUUAUCAGUUGCUGGAUGCUAAGUUAGGAUCUCUGCUUCUCGAGAUCACCUUAUUACAGCCAACUCAGGAAAAGCAACCCCCCAGGGCACUUCUCUAAAUUGAGGAAUGUGCACACGUAGACCUUCCUGUUGUAGCUGUGCUCAGCCAUCUAUCGUCUGUCCAGAGAGUGUUCCUGAUCACAAGAAUGGUCUUUCAGGACCAAAGGCUGCCAAGUGUGGCAACUGGUGAGAAGAGGGAGAAAGAAAAUCUGUUAGCGGAGCUGCUUCCUCCCACUGCUCUUCCUGUGACGGGAGGGAGAAUUUGUCCUUUUAGGGGGUUCCUGGCCCUUGUUGCCUUCGGAUUGGCCCAUGCUGCACAGCAUGCCUGGUGGCAUCCUAUCCUGCUCUCGUGUUUGCACUGAGAGCUCUCUCCAUCCAGUUCUUUCCUUAACACAGUCUCCUCACAGUCUAUUUUUUUUAUUGUGUGUUUUUCCAUCUGAAAUUUCCUACCAUGUUUUCCAUCCGGGCUCCAGUUUCCUUUUGUACUGUGCUUCCUUUUUCAUACCCCCGCUAUGUCCUGUCCUCACACCUUGCUGGUGUCAGAGACCCAUAAGGUAAUUGGUGAUAGACCAGAGGGGAUGGUGUGACUGGCAUCCGGCAGCAAAGUUCUACAGUGAGUGUAUCAUUUUGAACAUCAACCUCUGUCUUCCGUCUGUUAUCCCACUUUGUUUUGUGAGGAGAACUGCACCCGUUGCAGGAAUUUUGUGUGACUAGAGGAACUGCCAGUGUAGUUAGGUGUUUCAGUGGUGAGCAGCAAAUGCUUUCAUUCAUAUGCUGAUGUAUUCAGGAAGUGUAAACACUUGAGUGUCCCUUUAAAUAUUUUCUGCUGCAGUCUGGAUUUGAUAAGGAUACCAGCAGGAGACUGGUGGGGAAUAGGACUAUAUUAAAAACCUUGUCAUCAAAUUGCAUCACAGAGCUAUGAAUUUAUCACUUAAUGUGCUCUAUCUUGAGAGGGGCAUUUCUUCUGAAAAUUUAUCAAGUCAGCGGAAGUACAGGCUGCUUCGCCCAUAAUGAAGAGAUUCCUCGCCCAGCAAACUUCAAAUGAUCCUGGCCUGCUUAGUCUCUGUGUCCUGUGUGAUGGAGAUUCAGACUCUGUGCAAGAAGAUCAAGCAGCCAGUUCCAGUCCCAGAGAUGAUGAUAACAAAGAAAAUUAUCCGGACAACGCUGCUGCCUUAGAUUGUUGUCUUAGAUCUGCUGUCUUAGAGGAAAAGCAGCUGCCUUUGCAAGAUACUCAGCAGCACAAGCAGCAGACUGUAACUGACUACGUUCUAAGGUCUGAAAUGGGCAACUUAAAGCUGAGAAAGCCUAAGCCCAUUGCAAAGCUAGAAAAUGGAAAAAGCCAUGAGGAAAGUCAGGAGCUGGAGAGUGCAUUGCCGGGCCUCUCAGAGUGGCAGGGGAAGGCUGGAUCCUCAUCUAAUGACUGUGCACAGAACGUGACUUUCAGGUGCCAGGAAGCAGUUGUGAGAUUUCAGCCCAGAAUAAAUGAGAAUGUGUGCAUGCCACCAAAAGAAGCAACUGAGCAAUUUAACAGAAAGGAGAAUUCUUUGUUGAAGCUACAAGCCCUUGAAACGGAUCUCUGCUCUGCAUUUCUGCCAAGCCAGGAAGAAACUCCUCAGCUGCCGGCACCCAAGGAUCCAGCUCCUUCAUCUGUCCAAACCAGCGUGCAAGCUGAUGGGGCCAGCUGCGGAGAGCAAUAUCACUUCAUUUCUCCUAUUAUUGAUUUUAAUUUAAUGCAUCAGCAGAGAGAUAGUGAAGAGCCUGUGCCAGCCCACAGAGACUGGCAGAAUGAUAUGGACAGCAGCCCACAAGAACAUUACUCCCUAGGGACCAGUCGACUGCUGUAUCACCUUACAGAUGGAGACAAUCCUCUUUUGUCACCACGCUGCUCUAUCUUUAGCCAAAGCCAGAGAUUUAAUCUAGACACAGAGUCUGCCCCUUCUCCACCAAGUGCUCAACCUUUCAUGAUGCCAAGGAGUUCUUCCAGAUGUAACUGUGAAGACUGCAAAGAACCACAAAGAGUAGCACAACUUACCAAGCACCUUCAGAGUCUCAAGAGAAAAAUUAGGAAGUUUGAAGAAAAGUUUGAGCAAGAAAAGAAAUACCUGCCUUCACAUGGUGACAAAACUUCCAAUCCUGAAGUUCUGAAAUGGAUGAAUGAUUUGGCCAAAGGUCGUAAGCAGCUGAAAGAUCUGAAACUCAGAAUGUCGGAAGAGCAAAACUGUACCUCCAGAGCACCUCAAAGAAAUGAUCAUUGUGAAAACACUGGGACCUCUAAAGAGGCUGGGACACAGGAGGCCACAAGCAUGGAACCAGCUCCCUCAGUAGAAGAAACCAUGGAUAGCGUUUUGAGACGAUUAAAGGAGAAAAGACAACACUUUAACCUUCCUGAGGCUAUUAAGGAUAUGACAAAAAAGCAAAUGGCUUUGGAAAAAAUCAAUCUUCAGAAAUGUCUACUAUGUUUUGAGAGUAUUCAUGGACGACCUGUAACUAAGCAAGAAAAGAGUCUCAUGAAACCUCUUUACGACAGAUACAGAAUUAUCAAGAACCUUCUCGCAACUCCAUCUUUGAUCACAACAAUUCGGGAGGAAGAAGACUCAGAUGAAGACCAUUCUCAAAGCAGCCAUGAGUUAUCAUCUGGUCCACUGUCUUGCCUCCCUGUUGAAGAGCACCUGUGUUACACUCAGGAGGAGAGUGAGCCUGCAUAUGUUUCACCUCUGGAUGAAAAGAAAGUUUUCAGGCAACCAGCCUUGUCUAUGUCCAAUUUACACGAGGCAACAAUGCCUGUCCUGCUUGAACAUCUCAGAGAAACAAGAGCAGAUAAGAAAAGGCUUCGCAAAGCUCUGAGAGAGUUUGAGGAACAAUUCUAUAAGCAGACAGGAAGGAGUCCUCAAAAAGAAGAUCGUGUGCCAAUGGCUGAGGAAUACUCUGAAUACAAGCACACAAAAGCCAAAAUCAGGCUCUUGGAGGUUCUCAUCAGUAAGCACGAUAUUUCCAAAACUAUAUGAAGUGAAUGCAAUGCUGUGGUAUUGUUCUGUAGCAAAAAAACAAGCAAACAAACAAGUAAUGACAAAGAGGAAGUAAUUUUACAGGUCUUAGUCUGCUGCACAAUUAUUUGACACACUUGAGGUUUUUGAUGCACUUUACCAAUUACACUAGCUGGGAUCAGAGAGGACAGCAAUAUGCAAGAAUAUUAAGCACGGGUGAGUGGACUAUACUAUAUAUUUUUUCCUUUUGAAAAAGCUUUGAAGUGCACUGUGAGAAUGUUGUUACUAAUUAAAAGGACGUUGAAGUAUUGCAGAGUCUCAGUUUCAACUGCUCUUAGUUUUAAAAAGUGUGAGGAAAUGCUCUCCAGUUUUUUAGUACAUCUUAGUACAUGGUAAUGCACCACACAUUUCUUUCCAGGAUUAACAUGCACUAUAACUGACUAUUGAUCUUGGUUAUCAGUGUGCUGAUUCACUAGAUUAAAAGAAACGUGCAU